GCGAAGGAAGGGAGGAAGCUCGCCUCUUCCCACGGGGGACGUUAGAUACAGAAAGAAAAUGUCAUUAGCGAGCUCUGCAUGCAGCUUCCUUGUGUCAGGCAACAGCACAACACGGCAAGUUUUCCACGCGCCAUUUACCUGGUGCAGCGGCGAAGAACACAUCAAUCACAAUGGGUAGAACAAGGGACAUCAUGGCCACGAUAUGGCUGCUGCUUGUCAAACUACCCAUGAUUGGCAUGGCCAGCGGGAAAGUGCUAGAGGAAACCUAUCACAAGUGGCUGCAGUAUAAGGACGACUGUUUCAAGAUGAUUGAAAGCGAGCCACCGCCUCAAGAUGGCUUGUUUUGCAACAGGACGUUUGAUAGAUACGCCUGCUGGCCAGAUACUCCCGCUGGUUCUCUCGUCAACAUCUCCUGUCCUUUCUACCUGCCCUGGUAUGAUCACGUGUCACACGGCGUGGUGCAGCGGCAGUGCGGCACCGACGGCCUUUGGGAGCGUGACGAUGACGGCCACGUGUGGAGGGAUAAGUCCCAGUGUGAAGAGGACAAAGAGGUCACAUCUCAGGAGAUGUGGAUCCAAAAAAUGAUGUUGAGCUUCAGGACGUUGUACACCGUGGGCUAUUCCCUGUCGCUCUUCUCUCUUGUUACUGCUCUUGUCAUUCUGCUGAGCUUUAGGAAACUGCAUUGCACACGGAACUACAUCCACGCCAAUCUCUUCCUGUCCUUCAUCCUGCGAGCCGCAUCUGUCAUUGUUAAGGACGCCAUGCUGGAACGCCAUUGGGGACGUGAAAUUAUGAAAACGACGGACGUGAGCAAUAUGCUCAGCCAUCAGGCUGCUAUUGGCUGCAGGAUGGCACAGCUUCUGAUGCAGUACUGUGUGCUCGCCAACCACUACUGGUUCUUUGGAGAGGCCAUUUAUUUGUACUCUGUGCUAAUAUCCUCAGUGUUCAUCGACAGUAACAAAUACUUGUCAUACAUCUGUUUAGGCUGGGGAGCCCCACUUCUCUUUGUCAUUCCCUGGGUCGUGAUGAAGAUACUGAAAGAAAACAAAGAAUGUUGGGCUGUCAAUGAGAACAUGAACUACUGGUGGAUCAUUCGUUCCCCAAUUCUUCUCGCUUCGCUUAUCAACUUUCUGAUUUUCGUGAAGAUUCUGAAGGUUAUUCUAUCCAAACUGCGAGCCAACAACCAGAGUGAUUACUCUGGUUACAAACGUCGGCUCGCCAAGGCGACGCUGACACUCAUUCCCUUGUUUGGCAUCCACGAAGUCAUUUUCAUCUUUGUAACGGAUGAGCAAACCACAGGGGUUCUGCGCUACUGUAAAGUUUUUUUCACACUUUUUCUCAACUCAUUUCAGGGUUUCCUGGUGGCGGUUCUCUACUGCUAUGCAAACAAAGAGGUGAGGAUGGAGUUGAAGAGGAAAAUGCGUAGCUGGAGGACAAAAGCACAGAUGCUAUGUUGUGGACAGUGACUAGCCGGUGUUGACACCUGCAUGGACACUUUUUCUAUUGCCACAGCGCCAGAGCACAAAAGGUCCACAGAGCGCGCAAUGAGGGCAGUGGCCGACGCCUGGCCCGCUCCCAACAGUUCUCAGCUUUUUCGGCGUUAGUUUCAGGGCACUCCCCUUUGCCACGAGGCCGCGCCGCUGCCCUUUCCCGCAGCGACGACGGGCGACGCCACCCUGCAGCGUGCAGAUGGCGAUGACGCGGCGGUGGCAUCGUCGGCAGCCGUGCAGGUGUCGUUCCAGAUUCAUCUUCAAGACCCAGUGGAGUUACUUCCACAUGUUGCUGAUAUAGCAUCAGACUGAUGACCGGAUUUAUGGUUCAUUUCAAAAUAUGGUGUUUUUUUUUUUUUUUGUGUGUAAAACUGUCAGUCAUUGUGAUGUAAAAUGUCCUGUUGUC